AUGGCUAACCCCAUCAUCCGCUUCCUGUCGCUCUUCUUCAAGAGCAAGGAUGUGAUGAUCUUCAAUGGGCUGGUGGCCCUGGGCACCGUGGGCAGCCAGGAGCUCUUCUCCGUGGUGGCCUUCCACUGCCCGUGUGCACCCGCCCGGAACUACCUGUACGGGCUGACGGCCAUCGGGGUGCCCGCCUUGGUGCUCUUCCUCGUCAGCAUCAUCCUCAACAACCAGACCUGGAACCUGGUGACCGAGUGCCAGUACCGAAGGUCCAAGAACUGCUCGGCCGCCCCCACCUUCCUGCUCCUGAGCUCCAUCGUGGGCCGCGCUGCCUUGGCCCCCGUCACCUGGUCGGUCAUCUCCCUGCUGCGCGGGGAGGCCUACGUCUGCGCACUCAGCGAGUUUGUGGACCCGUCCUCGCUCACGGCUGGGAACGAGAGCUUCCCUUUCUCCCACGCCACACAGAUCCUGGCCAGGUUCCCUUGUGGGGAGAGCCCUGCCAAUCUAUCCAGCUUCCAGGAGGAGGUGAGCCGCAGGCUCAGGUAUGAGUCUCAGCUCUUCGGGUGGCUGCUCAUAGGCUCGGUGGACAUCCUGGUGUUCCUGACCAAGUGCCUCAAGUACUUCUGCUCGCCGCUCAGCUACCGCCAGGAGGCCUACUGGGCCCGCUACCGCGCCAACGAGGACCAGCUCUUCCAGCACACGGCCGAGGCGCACUCACGCGUGCUGGCGGCCAGCAACGUGCAGAUCUUCUUCGGCUUCGUGGCGCUCAACAAGGAAGAUGAGGAGCUGGUGGCCAAGUUCCCCGUCCAGGGCACACAGCCGCGGCCACAGUGGAACGCCAUCACUGGCGUCUACCUGUACCGGGAGAAGCUGGGCCUCCCCCUCUACAGCCGCCUGCACAAGUGGGCCCAGGGUCUGAGUGGGAAAGGUGCGGCCCCCGACAUGGAGGUGGCCCUGCUGGCCCCCUGA